AUUUGAUAAUCGUAUAGGUAUAUAAGUUAUCGCAUACAUUAUAAUUCGAGAUUUGGUACGCCUUCAUCAAUGAUGAACGUUUUUCUUGUUCUCGCCGCCAUUGUUACAAUAUGUGUUGGCAAUACUAUUCCUUCGGUGCCGCGGGAUAAUAGCCAUUAUGUGGAGGGCGAAAGCCGCUACAUUUGGAUGUCGGAAGACGAAGGCGUACCAAUAUUGGUAGACCUGAAUGCGACAGUCGACGAAGCUGCUCUUGCAUCUAGAUCUGGCGCCAAUAAUGAAUAUUGGCUGUAUACAAGGUACAAUCCUACUGUUCCCCAAAUAAUCACGCACAACAAUGCCGCCUCCAUCUGGAGCUCCAAUUACGUAGCUUCCAGACCCUUGAAGGUGAUAGCCCACGGGUGGACUAACAGCGGAAACCAUCAAAUCAAUUCUAUGCUAGCAGAGGCAUUUUUGACAGUACAAGAUGCUAAUAUACUUGUAGUUGAUUGGAGGACGGUUGCUGGGUUGAACUAUGUAUCAGCAGUUGUAGGAGUGCCAGAUGUUGGCCAGCAUAUUGGGGAUUUCUUGACCUGGUUGAUAAACACGGCCGGUGGAAAUUGGAAUAAUGUGCAUUUGAUUGGAUAUAGUCUGGGAGCUCACGUGGUUGGUAAUGCCGGAAGGGCUACUGGUGGCUUACCAGCGAGAGUCACUGGUCUGGACCCAGCUGGGCCUUUAUGGCAAACUAACCGAAACACCCUAUCGGCCGGAGACGGUCAAUACGUAGAAAUAAUACAUACGGAUGGGCUGUACCAGGGGAUUUACAGGCCAAUAGGUGACGCAGACUUCUACCCCAACGGAGGUGUUAGCCCCAUGCCUGGGUGUUCCGAUAGCCAAUGCUCCCACGCCAGAGCAUAUCAAUAUUUUGCGGCCAGCAUCUAUUAUAACCAUUUUGUGGGGAGAUCCUGCCAGAGUGUUAUUGAGGCUGCGAAAAAUCAAUGUCAAGGGAGUGUUUUGAACAUGGGCAAUGGAAUUUUGACUAAAAGGGGAUCCGGUUUAUAUGGGUUAAGCACUGGUGAAUCAUGGCCGUUCUGAAAAUCUAUAGCAUGUAAAAGAGAUGUAGAAAAGCUUAAAUAAAUAUGUUUAAAUUAA